UUGAGGUGAAAAAGUGCAGCGGCACUUUUCAUCAACUCUUUGAGAUUUGUUUUCUAUUGCAACUUGCAAAUUAAUUUUCUACAUCUCUUCAACCAUUUGUCAUAGAUUGAAACAAUGGAAGUUGAAGGAUCAAAGGUGGCUGAAAAAGAAAUUACACCCACGCCAGCAAUAGUUCGAGCACAUGAUCAUAAAGGUGAGACGAUAGCCAAAGGAAUUGAGGCAUGUUUAUUGGAUUGGGGGAUUGAGAAUCUAUUCACAGUGACAUUGGAUAAUGCAACAGCUAAUAGUGCUGCAAUCACGCACUUGAAAGCGAGAAUUAAUGAUUGGAAAGUUGUAUCAGAGUCAGCGUUUAGCACAGGUGGUCGAAUUCUUGAUUGUUAUCGAAGUUCUUUAUCGCCAAAGACAGCUGAAGCUCUUAUUUGUAGUCAACAAUGGUUAAGGACGGCAACUUUUAAAGAGUACAAAUUUGAAGAUCUUUUAGAUGAAAUUCAAAAUCUUGAGAUACUUGAAAAAGAAAAUCCAGGUACUCCUUUGAGAAUUGAUUAA